UAGGCCACCGUCAGAGAGAAUAGCUGUGCCACCGCGUGCCUUCACCGGCGUUGUGUCCCGCCUUCCCCAACCCUAGAGCAAAUAGCUACGCUGUCAGGAUGCCGACGACCCAUGUUGAGCCGGGCUGUGACCCAUUACUGCAAGACAUCGCGAAUGCUUUGUGGAAGGCGCGCAAGGUUGUGGUCAUCACGGGCGCUGGCAUCAGCACUAACUCGGGCAUUCCCGAUUUCCGUUCCGAGAAUGGCUUGUAUUCAUUGAUUCAGGCCCAAUUCGAUGCAGCGCGGCACGAAGGUCCCAACGGGAACAGCGAUGUCGAUACAGACACGCCGUUCGACGACAGGCCCACGAAACGACGACGGGUAUCCCGUGAUGCCUCGGGCACUGAUGGACAAGUGACCCUAGCGGUGGAAAGGCCAUUCCCGGGGUUAUGCAAGGGGGCGGCUAAAGAUGGCAAGGCGGCGGAAGGUGAACAUGCAGAUCGCAUUGGAAAGGAAGAAUCGCACCCGUCCAGCGACCCUUCGCCGGCCUCCACCCUUCCUCAGCUGCGUCCCGAGACCUUGGACCGCAGACGAACUGCGCCAACGGCAGAGCAAGAAUCAGUCCCGUCCUUCUCGGAUUCCACGCCGGUGCAGUCUGUAACCCCCAUUCAAAGUCCCCGGAUGUCUCACAGACAGAUGGAUGCCGACGAGGCACACCCCCAGCGGCCUGCUAUGGAACCACCUCCCCCCUUUCCCUCGUCUCCACCCAGCGUUACCCUCGGUACCCCUCGCCCUCUGUCCAGACCUCAGUUGUUGCAUUCCAUCCCGGGAAGCUCCUCGCCGCUCUCGUCUCCGCCCCCAGUUACGUUUGACCCCUAUGAGGAGUCGACAUGCUCUCCAUCGAGUCAAGACAGCGAAUCGUCCCGGUCCGAGAGCGAAGACCCCUCCGCCGCGUUGUCAUCACAAACAUCGGUCGGCUCUUCCCGAUCUUCCCUCCCGAUGAUGAAGGGGCGAGAUUUGUUUGACGCGCAGAUCUGGUCUUGUCCGAUCAAGACCUCGGUGUUUUAUACUUUCGUCUCGACGCUUCGCCAGAAAGUCCGCACUGCCGAGCCAACGAGUAGCCAUCGUUUCCUCAGUGUCCUGCGCGAUAGCAGGAAGCUUGUCCGGUGCUACACGCAAAACAUUGACCAGCUUGAAGAGCGAGUGGGCCUCAGUACCACGCUGUCGCUAGGAGCGGGAAGCCGCUACCGCUUCUCCACAAGGGCUGGCCGCGUCUCUGGUGGGUUGAAGAGUUCCGCCAAGGCUGCGGAAGGUGCCGCUGGGGACGCAGAGGGGGUUUCGGGGAAGGCUGUGGGGCGGCAGGCUGACCCUCGGCCUCGGGGGAGCGAGCAAGAUGGACGUGAUCUGGACCUCGCAGACCCGAAAGACGGGCCGCCACAAGCCGCACAACUCUCGCGAUCAGCAUCAGAUCUCAGCUCUACAUCUAACGAUCCUUCGACGUCAACCCAGGCAGCCUCGACCCCACCAUCAGCCCCUACCGCUCCUAAUCGCGGCGUCGAGUGUGUGUUCCUGCAUGGGUCAUUGGCCGAGCUCCGCUGUUUUGUCUGCGCCCGCACGGCCGCCUGGGAUGACGAAGCUCGACUGGCAGAUACACUUGCCGGCCGCCAGCCGACGUGCCCGCACUGUGCCGGAGCUACGGCCGCGCGGGAGGAAAGAGGCAAACGGGCUCUCGGGGUGGGCAAACUUCGGCCGGACAUCGUGCUGUACGGGGAAGAACACCCCCAUGCCCACCUCAUCAGUCCUCUGGUCCAGCACGAUCUCUCGCUCGGGCCAGACAUGCUGCUCAUUUUGGGCACGAGCAUGCGCGUCCAUGGGCUAAAGGUGCUGGUCAGGGAGUUUGCCAAGGCCGUGCACGAUCGCGGGGGCAAGGUGGUGUUUGUCAACUUCACGAAGCCCCCCGAGAGUGUCUGGGCCGACAUCAUUGACUACUGGGUGCAAUGGGACUGCGAUGCGUGGGUGGGCGACCUUCAGCAGAGAAAGCCCGCGCUCUGGCUGCCGCCCGGCGCUGCGCCCCCGGAUGAGGGCAAGCAGAAGGUGGCGAAGCUAUCGCGCAAGCAAAGUAGCGCUGAAUCUAGGAACCAAAAGGAGGGCAGCACAGAAGAUACCUCCAAGAAGGGGAGAGAGAGUGAUACCUUGGGGGGCGGGCAAGAGAAAAAUGAUGGGAUGGCGUAUGUCCACGCACCAACACCGGACGAGCCAAAGUCGCCCCAGCAGAGGUCAUCGCAGGAGACGUCGCCGUCAACGCUCUGUCGAUUCCCAGAGCCAAUGCGUGGGAGACAGGGCAGGGCGGCCAGAAUACCGAAGUUAAACCCCAAGCGUCCAGCCUGCGUCCGCGACCACAAACUCAACGGAGCAUACUUGGUUUGGAAGAUCAUGAAAGACCUUGGACGCAUCACAGACCGCCCACUAUACCCGGUCGUUAUACCGUCCCGAAGCACGAAUCGCUCGCUAGGCUCGGCUACUAUGACGUCUGCUCCCACAAGACGCAAAGAGGCCCCUAAACACAGCCUUGCGACCACGCGGUCGACAUCGCAUCUUGUUGUGACGGGGAAGACGCCACUAACAACCGCCGCGUUGCCAUGCCAAGAUACCAAACCGAGCAACGACCACGACGGAAGCUCGAUAUCCGCGACGGUCAAGACCCGCAAGCGGAAGCGUGCUGAGUGGCGGAUGAUUAAAGGCGUCGAGACGCUCGUCCCAGUCGACGACGGAGCUCCAUCUUCGGCAUCAACCCCCUCGCGGCAGACAUCAUCCACCCGUAUCCUGGAUAAUGCGAAUCGGCUCUGCGUCGCCCCGACCCUGGCACGUCAGGGCGAGGUCGUGUUGAUGCACCCCAAGAUGGUGCAAUCGGCGGACUUCAAGAGCUCCACAAACCUACGAAGCAUAUACGACUCUCCCGCCGAGUCUGCGACCAAGGUCACGACGACGACAACAUCUACGCUCGGCGUUUCCGACCAGAUGACGUCCUGCGCCUGGCCAACGAUGACGCACAGGCCACCAUUCUCGCCGACAAGGCCGGCUCCUCGACCCGCCGCAGCAACAGACUUGGACGCCGGCUUCCGUGACACGGAUCGCCUUAUCGCCGCUGCCCGGGAACCGUUGUCGCGGUCCUCAACGCCCGGGGCGGCUCGUCUCGCACCGCUGAUAACGCUUUCCGCCGACGACGUGCCGCACGUCUCAGUCCCUCCAAGGCGGCCCCCCUUAUUAGAGCCCAAGCUCACGUCGUCGCUACGGGGGCCGAGGGCCGAGAUCUCCUCCUCCAACAUCGUAGGAUCGCCCGCCGUUGUUGAGAGGCACUGUGACCUGGGUGCGAACACUGGUCAACAACAACAACAAAACAACAACCCUUUCUUUUUCUACGAUCCGCUCGCGGCCUGGUUGGAGUUUCCGCCCGUCUGGCCGUCGUCACAUGACGGCCAUGCUGUUGCUGUUGCUGUCGGUGGGCAAGGCCACCACGGCCUUGAGCAGCAAGGUCUGCAAGGCGUUCUUCGUCGUCUUGAUCAUGGGCAGGUGCAGAACCGGGGUUAUGGUGUUGUUGGUUUAGGGCAGCGGUCGGGGUUUGGUGAAGGAGGAGCAGGAGGAGGGGCUUCGGAGGGACGGGAGGUCUUCUUCUUAGCCCACCAUGACGAGGGGAGGGUGCAGAGGCAACAUUAUCAGCAGCAACAUUAUUCUCAGCAACAGCAGCAGGCUGAGCAACAGCGACGACAACAACAACGGAAAGGGGAGCAAGCGGGGUUGAAAAGGGACGGGCGCGUAGUGAGUAUGUCGGGUCCGUCGUCGUCGUCGUCGUGGUCGCCUGACGAGCAGCUUAGGAAGGAACAUGAGGCGGCGCUGAUGCUAUCUAGCUUGAGGGGUGGCUAGUACUACCUUAGCUAGUAGUGCUGCUUCGGUUGGGGAAAGACUCAUUACUAGUACUUAGUAGUACCUAGUCAUGAUUGAUUCUGGAACUGCUAACUCACCGGUACCGGGCUGUGGGUGCUGGAACUGCGACUUCGGGUGCAAGGGUUUUUGGGAGUCUCUUUCAAUGCGGAACGAAUGGUUAGCCAGGAGAGUGGUGUUUAUUACAAUUGAACUUUUGAGGAUGCGAUGGUCUGGUU